AUGGCACCCUCGCCCUUCACUGAAGACUAUUAUUUGAUCGUUGGAGUGGCGCAAGAUGCCGAUAAAGAGCUCAUCGUGAAAUCCUAUAGAAAGCGGGCACGGGAGCUCCACCUAGAUUGUAAUCAGGGGACGCGGGAAGCUACCGAAGCCUUCCAGCGGGAACUUGACGCACAAUGGCGGACGACCAAGAUAAACUUCGAGUGGUCCAUCUUCGAGGUUAAUCGAGAUAUAGAGCGGUUGGAGAAAGAUAUCAUGGGCCUAGUGAGCAUCGCAGCUGUCGAGGCGGCGGAGGAAGCACAGAGGAACAGCUGGACUACAUUGUUUCUGUCGUUCAUUCAAAAGAAGAAGGUGGAAGACUCCGAGGAAGUAAAAGAACAGAAGGACCGAGAGAGGCAGGAGCGAAGGAUUGAAACAGACAUGAAGGAGCGGCGGCUUCAGGCAACGAAAGCAGCUCUAGCGGAUAAAGAGGAGCAGCUUAGGAUCAAGCAGGCUAACUACGAGGUCACGAGAAUGAAAGACCAACAAGCAAUAACGCAGAUCCAAUUGGUGAUGUGGCAAAGAGGAUCGGCAAAGGCGCGAGAAGGAGGAACAAGAGAGGGUUAG